AUGUCAAACCGUGCUUGGGCUUGGACUGUGAAUGUGACAGUUAUUGGUGGGUGCAUGGGGUGUGCCAAAGCUCCUUGCUUAAGACUGUGCCACCCAGGCGACGGUGUCACCGACCUUGCCGUGGGAGACGCCGUCAUUGCCGUGCCACCAGAUGGCAUGGGCGGCCCGGCAAAAGGGAUGCGGCAACGCGAUCGGAAGCCUCUGCCAUGGCCUGUCGUUGAUAGAGGCCGAAGGCCUAAGGUUGUAGACGAGGUUGUCUGUCAUAACGGCUUUCGCGCCCCGGCCGCUCUGACCUCAGGCUCCUUCUGCACCACCGAUGCUCGCUGGGUCUAUGCUGCACCGAGCAUGAGCCCAGAGGAGGCAGUGGCAGGCAGGAUGGGCAGGCAGAUCUUCUCAGAUCUCGGGAGAGAUGCGUUCUUUUUCUCCCAUUUAAAGCACCAUUCUUUUAAGCUCUAA